UGCAAAUCUUCCCCCUCUGUCACGUUUGAAUGUUCAUGGAAUUGGAAAAGCACAUGCCAUUAAACUUGUAUUUGGAAUAAGGAGACGCUGCUGCGAUGCUUCAUCCCGAGUUGUAACAGCAACGGAGGGUUUGUAGUCGCCCACAGGCGGCGGUGACCUCUGACCUCCCACAGAGAAGCAGGCCGAUGUUUAUUAGUCAGUCAGAGUCUGCUGUGCUGACAUUGAACCACUAGGUGUCAGCAGUGAGCCGUUCAAACUUGCUUCACACUAAAUGAGCCAAAACAGGACUUUUUUUAACACAUAUGUUACAACGUGACUGCAGCAUGAAGUCUACACACGGUGAGUAGCUGUGUUUUCCUCUUUUCAGUUUUCUAUUCUGAGCAUUUCAAAUAUUUUGCUGUUUUGAUAUGAAAUGAGUUUUGUGUUAUUGCUGAGCAUCACUGAAGGAAACGCGUCUGCAAAUGACCGCUGAAGCUUUGUCAGUUACAGAGAAAACCCUGUAGUUAUUGAUAUCGCUGCAUAUUCAAUUAAGAGGAAUAAAACUGAAACUAAAUCCUGAUUGGCGUAAAUCAAAUCAAAUAUUCAGAUUAUCACAAACCGUAUAAGUGUGUAACUUAGUGAAAGCUGUGCAGCCAAUUAAUAAAGAAUUAAAUGAGGCUUCAAAGUUGAUAUUACAUCGUUUCUCUCAGUUUGAGUUUGAAAUGACCUCAAACUUCAGUUUUUCCAGUGACGUCAUGUGGAUGCAGACUUCAAAGGCCGAACUCCAGCGACCUCCUGCUCCUGAAUGAUGUCAUCAGAUGUUUCUCAUUUCUGUAAAGCAGAGUUUAUGGCCACACGCACGCAUGGACGGAGCCGAGCUCAGAGGGCGUCACCCCCCGGUGCUGUGGCUCGCUUUAGCCUGGACCCAGUGUGUUCCUCAGCACCGCCACCGCUGACUCACUGCUGGGAAACAAUUGCUUGACGCCAGCGGUGUCGGUGGGAGUGAUUCUGCUGCUGGAGCUGUUGGGAGUUUGUGCUGGUAUUUCUGGACGCUGCCGGCUCAUUGGUCCACAGCGGCUCUGGGCCGGCGUUUCUGCUGAGUCGGCUCCUUAAAAGCCUUACAUCCGGUUUAAUGUUUACUGUCGGGUCUUUGUCCUGUGGAGGUGAGUCAGCUUCGUUCCCAUUGAGGCUUUAUCUGCAGGUGGGGAGUCGGCUUAUUCUGUGAAAAUGUUUCAACCUGUGUGGAACUAGUUGCUGAUGCUGUUGUGACCUUUGAGCGCUGAGCCUGAGUUCAGGUUUGGAUGAAGAUGAAACCUAAAAAAAAAAUGCUAGGACGUUCAGCCGAGUGGGGAAAUAACUGACUGGUGUUAAAACACUAAUUUGGACUUAGGUUCAGGUGAAACUGACAGAUUUUUUUAUUAUUAUAUAACAUUUGGUCUUUCAAAAAAGUCAGAUUUGAUCAGAUUUCCUUGAGCUUCUGUGUAAAAAGUUAUUUCAUAUGUGACAGUGUUUUAUCAAGAGUCAGUGAUUUCAUUCACAUCAAAUCCUUUAUUCCUGCCACUCGGUGCUUAACCGGUGCUGACCUUAAGUCACAAACUAGUUUUUCAGAAAAGACGAUGAUGUGAUAAAAUCCAGCCUGUUUUUUUGGGGUUGUUGUGAAAGCUGAAUUUUCAGGUUUUGGGCCAUUUUCCGACUCUUUGAAGCCCAAUGACACGCCGCCCGUGGGUGCAGCUGCUGAGCUGCAUUCCUGCUGAUGCUGAAUCGGUGUUAACUGCUCCCGCUUCGUGCUCGGCGCCACCUUUGGAUUCCGUGCUCAGACUUCUCACACUGAGACGUUAAAUUCCAGGCCGACCGUUCUCGGAGCAGGCAACUGUUGGGGCCAAAGGCUCCAGCAUCUGAAGCUGUCCAGAAUUAGCCGCUUUGUGGCCACCGGCAUCGUAACAAAGCCUAUCGUGUUGCCUGCUGCAGGUCAAAGGGCUCUGACGCAGGCGUGAGCGCUUCUCCUGACGUUUAACAGAAGACCAGUGUUUGCUGUGUUUGUACAGAGUGAAGACCUCAAUCUGCCCAGAUGUCUGAGGGAAAGAAAAUGACCUCCAGCCGCCGGCAUCAUCUGAAGAGCAUGAUGCUGCAGAUCGCUGCCGCCUGGAUCGAGCAGGAGAAGAAGGACGUGGAGGAGGCGCGGGAGGCCCACGUCGCUGAGAACUGCCCGGCCCCCGACCUGAGCGGAGACCACGCCGCCCUCAUGGAAGUCUGCAAGAAGCUGCAGGCCGCCAUCGACAAGAUCGACGAGGCUCGAUACGACGCCGAGUCCAAGGUUCAGAAGACGGACAAAGAGAUCGAGGACCUGAAGCUGAAGGUGAUCGAACUGGCCGGAGUGAAGAAGCCGGCGCUGAAGAAGGUGCGCAUGUCGGCCGACGCCAUGCUGCAGGCGCUGCUGGGAGGGAAGCACAAGGUGACCAUGGACCUGAGGGCCAACCUGAAGCAGGUCAAGAAGGAGGUGAAGGAGGAGCCCACAGAGGCCGUGGGCGACUGGCGCAAGAACAUCGAGGACAAGGCCGACAGGAAGAAGAUGUUUGAGACGUCCUAACUUCCUGCAGCCAACGCGGACGCAGGCGGCGGAGAGUCAAAGUGGCAGCAACGUGAGUCUGAGCUGGACUCACAGGGACAGCGUUGGUUUCAGACUAGAGACCUCUGGUUCAAAAAAUAAAUGUUUUGAAUUAAGCAUCGA